CAUUUUUCGACUCUGACUCUCCCAUGUCUGCAGUCCUCAUUUUCACGUCAAUGUCUGACAGUCACUCAAUCCAUCAGGACUGCAACGAUUUUCCUCUGAUUCUGUGAGAAAAGGAGCAAGGAUUUUUGGUUCCUGUUUCAGUACAUUCCCAGCAUCAGUGGGACUGGAUGAGAGACCCUACCAUUGCAGUGCCCUGAGUGUGGAGCCUGAAACAGUUAUACAGUCUGGAAAGAGGAAUUCACACCGGGGAGGGGCUGGACACACGUUUGUGUGCGGCUGAAGCUUCGGCCAUGGAGAAACCCGAGGAAUCCCGCCCCGUGGAGAAACCGUGGAAGUGCGGUGACUGCGGGAAAGGCUUCUGUGUGCCGUCUGCCCUAGAGAUUCAUCGGCGCAGUCACACCGGGGAGAGGCCAUUCUCUUGCCCUGAGUGCGGGAAGGGCUUUACUCGCUCCUCCCACCUGCUGGACCACCAGCGGGUCCACACCGGGGAGAGGCCCUUCAGCUGCCCUGAGUGCAGAAAGGCCUUCAGCGAUUCCUCCAACCUGCUGAGGCACAUGCGGGUCCACACAGGGGAGAGGCCGUUCUCUUGCCCCAAGUGCAAGAAGGCCUUCAGCAAUUCCUCCGACCUACUAGCCCACAGGCGGAUCCACACGGGGGAGAGGCCCUUCCACUGUCCUGAGUGCAGGAAGGCCUUCAACAAUUCCUCCAAUCUACUGAGACAUCGGCAGGUCCACACGGGCAAGAAGCCAAUCUCCCGCCCUAAGUGCGGGAAGGCCUUCAGUGAUUCCUCUGUCCUGCUAACCCACCGGCGGAUCCACACUGGGGAGAGCCCGUUCUCCUGCCCCAAGUGCGGGAAGGCCUUCAGCAAGUCCUCAGGCCUGCUCAGGCACUGGCGGGUCCACGUAGGGGAGAGGCCCUUCCAUUGCCCUGAGUGCGGGAAGGGGUUUACCCAUGCCUCCACCCUUGUGGCGCACGGGCGGGUCCACACCAGGGUGAUGCUGUUCUCAUGCCCCGAGUGCAGGAAGGGCUUCAGCCAGGCCUCCCACCUCCAGACCCACUGGCGGGUCCACACAGGCAAGAAGCCAUUCCCCUGCCUCGAGUGUGGGAAGGGCUUUGCUGUCUCCUCCCACCUGCUGCGGCAUCGGCGGGUCCACACGGGGGAGAGGCCCUUCAGCUGCCCUGAGUGCGGAAAGGCCUUCACCCAGUCCUCCCACCUCCAGACCCACCAGCGGGUCCACACUGGGGAGAGGCCCUUCAGCUGUUCCAUGUGCGGGAAGGCGUUCAGCAAUUCCUCCAGCCUGCUGAGGCACCAGCACAUCCACACUGGGGAAAGGCCGUACUCUUGCCCUGAGUGUGGGAAGGGCUUUACCCGCUUCUCUAACCUACUGACCCACCGGCGGGUCCACACAGGCGAGAAGCCCUUCAGCUGCCCCAAGUGCAGGAAGGGCUUCACCCAGGCCUCCGCCCUCCUGGCCCACCAGCGGGUCCACACUGGCGAGCGGCCCUUCCCCUGCCCGGAGUGCAGGAAGGCCUUCAGCAAUUCCUCUGACCUGCUGAGGCACCAGCGGGUCCACACCGGGGAGAGGCCGUUUGCCUGCCCUGAGUGUGGGCGGAGGUUCACAUUGUCCUGCAACUUGCGGAAACACCAGCAGGGACACCAGCGCUCCCAAAGAUCAGAUUCUGCCAGUGACAAUGCUCUGGGUCGGACGAUUGUUGCCCAGAUCCACAAACAACACCCUGGGAACAGCGGUGAAUCAGCGAAUGCUCUGGCAGUCUUAGUGAACAUGUUCGGACAGCGCAGGCGCAGUGCGGGCGGCCCGGCCGGCCGGCUGUCCGGAGCAGGCGCAGUGUGGGCCGGCCGGCCGGCUGUCCGGAGCAGGCGCAGUGCGGGGGCCAGCUGUCGCCUUCACCCCGCCCUCUUUCCCGAUUCAGUCGCCCCAUUGUUGACGUCACAACGCGGAAGUGGCCCUGCGUGGAGCCUGAAACAGUUAUACAGCCUGGAAAGAGGAAUUCACGGCGGGGAGGGGCUGUACACGCAUUUGUGUGUGGCUGAAGGUUCGUCCAUGGAGAAACCCGAAGAAUCCCACCCCGUGGAGAAACCGUGGAAGUGUGGUGACUGCGGGAAAGGCUUCCUUGUCCCGUCUGCCCUGGAGAUUCAUCGGCGCAGUCACACCGGGGAGAGGCCGUUCUCCUGCCCUGAGUGCGGGAAGGGCUUCGCCAGUGCCUCCCACCUGCUGAGGCACCGGUCGGUCCACACCGGGGAGAGGCCCUUCAGCUGCCCAGAGUGUGGCAAGGGCUUCAGCGAUUCCUCCACCCUGCAGUCCCACCAGCGGGUCCACACUGGGGAGAGGCCCUUCGGCUGCGCAGAGUGCGGGAAGGCCUUUACCCAGUUCUCCCACUUCCAGACCCACCGGCGCGUCCACUCGGGCGAAAAGCCCUUCAGCUGCCCCGAGUGCGGGAAGGCCUUCAGCAAUUCCUCCGUCCUGCUGAUCCACCGGCGCGUCCACACGGGGGAGAGGCCCUUCAGCUGCCCUGAGUGCGGGAAGGGUUUUACUCAGGCCUCCAACCUGCUGGCCCACCGGCGAAUCCACACCGGCGAGAGGCCGUUCACCUGCUCAGAGUGCGCCAAGAGCUUCAGCGAUUCCUCCACCCUGCAGGCCCACCGGCGGCUCCACACUGGCGAGAGGCCUUUCAGCUGCCCCGAGUGCGGGAAGGGCUUUACUCAGGCCUCCCACCUGCUGACGCACAAGCGGCUCCACACUGGAGAGAGGCCGUUCAGCUGCCCUGAGUGUGGGAAGGCCUUCAGCAAUUCCUCUGCCCUGCUGACCCAUCGGCGGGUGCAUACUGGCGAGCGGCCCUUCCUCUGUCCUGAGUGCAACAAGGGCUUCAGUGAUUCCUCUGCCCUGCUGGCCCACCGGCGGCUCCACACGGGGGAGAGGCCUUUCAGCUGCCCCGAGUGCGGGAAGGCCUUUAUCCAGGCCUCCCACCUGCUGGCCCACCGGCGGGUGCACACCGGCGAGCGGCCCUUCCCCUGUCCCGAGUGCGGGAAGGCCUUCAGCAAUACCUCCCACCUACUAGCCCACCGGCGAGUUCACACCAGGGAGAGGCCCUUCCCCUGCCCUGAGUGCGGGAAGGCCUUCAGCAAUUCCUCCCACCUUCUGGCCCACCGGCGGGUCCACACGGGGGAGAGGCCCUUCAGCUGCCCCGAGUGCGGGAAGGGCUUUACCCAGACCUCCCACCUCCAGACCCAUCGGCGGGUCCAUACUGGGGAAAGGCCGUUCGUCUGCCACGACUGCGGGCAGAGAUUCUCAUCGUCCUGCAGCUUGCGGAGACACGAGCGGAGGCGCCAGCAUUCCCAACAAUCGGAUUCUGCCGCUGACGCUGCUGUGGGUCACCCCCAGGACUGAACCUCCUGCCCGUUCUGACGGUGGGUGUGGUGGGAGAGUCAGUGGGUUUAUUGUUUUCUGCUGGACUGCCGAACCCCACGGUUGCUCAGUGGUUAGCGCCGCUGCCUCAGGGCGCCAGGGACCUGGGUUUGAUUCCACCCACAGGGUGCCUGU